UGAUCUAUCAAAAAUUGUAGUAACAUUUUUGAAGACAUAAGCUUUCUUAAGCCGUUAUUCCAGGACUAAGGUAAUUCUCCACAGAGUUACAGAAGAAAUUGCGGAUCAAAAAGCUGGGAAUAAGACGUUGCGAGGAGCUUAGUAUUAAACAAAAAGCCGAAAAUACUUAAUAAAAUACGCUGCCAAAUGGUUUUAACUAUCUAAGUGUAGAAAGGACACGGAUUAAGAAAAGCUCAUUAGCAGACAAGAUAAGACGAAUAUAAAUCAGAAGUUAAUAAGAUGCUGGAUACUGAAUCAAGGCCGGGAAACGGUGAUAUGAUGAUGGGGUACAUGUAUAAUCAACAACUCUUGUCAUCUUCAGAGGACGUAGACAAGGACGGGAACGCUGUAGAGACGCUGCAUCACGUGGACAAAUCUCCAGCAAGUAGUCCAGAUACGGGCAUAGGCUUACAAGAAUCCCCUUAUUCCAAACAAGACUUUGGCAAACCCGAUUACAUUAAACCUGAAUAUCCAACCCCGUCAGAACAUCACCAUAUACCACAACUGCAUCCGGAUAUGACGUCAAUGGCAUACCCACCCGUGAGCUCACACAAGCCCGGUGCAUACAGCGUGAAUGGAAUAAGUUUGUCAUCACCUAAUGUAGACAUGAUGCACCCCGCUAUGGGAUAUCAAAUGUCCCCAUACUCGUCUGGAAACCCAAGAAAACAAAGGAGAGAAAGAACUACUUUUACACGCGCACAAUUAGACGUGAUGGAAUCAUUGUUUCAGAAGACUCGAUACCCUGACAUAUUCAUGCGCGAGGAAGUGGCGCUCAAGAUAAACCUACCAGAAUCUAGAGUACAGGUCUGGUUCAAAAACAGACGUGCUAAAUGCAGACAACAACAAAAGGCUAAAGAGGGCAACAACAACAAAUCGCCAACACCGAAAAAGGCCAAGACCCCUCCCCCUCCUCCAUCCAUUUCUCCUGUCGGCAGUUACUCGAAACCAACACCGGUGUCCAGCCCGCUUACAAACGGAAGCAUGAACGCGCCCACAUCAAUUUGGAGCCCGGCUUCGAUCUCACCAAUGAAUGAUCUGAUGUACCAAAAUAGCUGCAUGCAGAGAGCCGGAAGCUACCCCAUGAGCAACAUGCAUACUGGUUAUUCUCAUCAAAAUUACGGACCAUCUUCAUAUUACGGAAACUCAGAUUAUUUAUCACCAAUGCAACUUCCAGUUAUGCACUCUAAUCAGGCAAAUACAAUGUCCAACUCAUAUUCUAACCAGUAUUCAUCAUUGCCGACGGCACAGGGCCUUUCCCGACCACCUGUUGCCGGCGGUGACUGUUUAGAAUAUAAAGACACUUCAUCGUGGCCAAAGUUUCAGGUCUUGUAAUAGUGGCAGGACAGUUGUGAUGUAACAAUCGCUUGUGAUUAUUUAUUACCGCGGAGGACGAAAUCGUCAACAGACUUUCGGUACAUUCCGUAGGAGCACGUGCAAAUCCGGGCAUUACCGAUUCUAGGAAGAAAAAAAACGGUCGUCUGCAAACUGUUUGCAGUUAUGGCAACUCAUUUAAGAAUCGCAUAAAACGACGGCUGGCAUUAAAGGUGCAGCAUUGCAUGACAUUACAAAGUGCUUAGCAAUCGUGAAACAGAGAUUAGUGACGGUUAAAUGUUUAUGACAAUCAAUAGUCAAUGUUGUUUCAGUCAAAUUGUUGUAUAGAGAAUACAGCACAGAUAUUGAUAUAUAUAAAUAUAUUGUAAAUUCUAUUUCUCCACAUUCCAUGAUAUUGUCCAUAUUUUAUUUAUCAAAAUCAUUCCUCAAGAUUUGGUCCAUUUUUAUUUAUAACACAUCAUAGAUACAAACAGCAAGCUACUUGCCAGAAAAUCACCACAUCAUAAUUUAAGUGCUCUUUCCUGAAAUUUUCCUCAUUGACAGUACAUCAAACGUUUCAUUAUGUUUCAUUUUAUAUUUACUCAUUAUCAUAAAUAUAUUGAUAAUGAAGCUAAAGGAUUCGGUGGCAUUAAUUUAAUUUUACUUUUUUUAAAUGAAUAUAUAAAAGUAAGACACUUUGAAUAUAUGAGCUGUAUUUUUGGAAACAUAAAAAUACUGGACGAUUAGCUGAAUGUACUCUUUUUUCCUGUUUAUGUUUGUUCUUAUUUAUAAAAUUGAAUUUUAAGAAAAAUAUAUCAGAUAUAAGUAAAUAAGUUUUGAACAAAUGAUAGACACAGUAUAGAAUUAUGAGAUUGUAGAAUAGGCUAAAUAACUUAAUUUUUGUACAAAGUGUAAAUUUAUGUAAAUGUUUAAGUUCACAGUUGUUGUUUUUUUCUUUGAAGAAAAUUUGUUUUGCACUGUAUAAGAAAUGUUGUAAAAUGUACAUGUUUAUCUAAAAUACAGUAUCCGUUUAUAAUGUACAGUAAGUUCAGUCAAAAUAUGUUUUUGAAUAUUUCUGUUAUGUAUAAUUAUUUCAUUGAAAGUAUCACAAAAAGCCAAAAAAAAUAAGUCAAAUGAAUACAUUUAUUAUUGACAAAAUUUAUGUUCACGAAACAUUGAACAUAUUGGGA